AUGAAAAAAGUCUUUUCAAUUUCUCGGGUUUCAUCGUCGGGCAAUGUGACUCCUAUCGGAGCUGCACAACAAAAUAUCAACAAUGGUGGUACUGUUGGCAGUGGCAGUACUACGGUUGUUAAUAAUCAUGCUACCACCAGUACUACCAGGCUGGAUAACGAUGCUACAAAUAAUAAUAUGGAAAUACAAACAUCAUCGGGAUCAAAAAGAAAUAGUGUUUCAUAUCAUCCAAACUCGAUGAUCAAUACAUCAAUGGAGAGUGGAGGAAGUGAUACGACAACAUCAAAUAAUAAUUCAACGAUUCGGAAAAAUUAUUCUACAGGAGUGAUAGACGAAACCAAAAGCUCUACAACAACAGAUAACACUAUGAGCUCUCCUUCAUCUUCACCAUCAAAUAAAAGACUUACGCCCUCGCUGAAUCAAACAUUUGGGGAAGGAGGAAUUGAAGGCUCCUCAAAUCAUGGCAGACGUGUCAGAAGAGGAUCACUAACUUCUAAUUUGGAAAACGAAGUACAUCCUGUGGCGAUGACGAGAACCAUUGACCAAAAAGUACCACUCAUGGAAUUUCUUGUUCAGAAAAGACUGGAAAAUUUGGACUAUCUGAGAAGAUUUCAUGAAGGAAAAAUUAUGUGGUUGAACGUGGUAAAAGUGUCACCUAGUGAAAUUGAGAAUGCUUAUCAACCAAAAGAAUUACAAAAACGAUUAGAACAAUGGUUUUGUUUAGGAGUGUCGUUGGCACCUCUCAUUAACUAUAAUGAUGGAUAUCAUUUCGUACGGGCAUGUUCUCAAUUAAUGGAAGAAUAUGAAUAUCAUUAUUCUAGCAUGGCGAUGCAAGGAAUGAAAAUAUUGAAAGCAUUUACAAAUACCUUUGUCGAGGAAGAGACUCCUGUAAUUCCCUCUCAAAAAACUAUCAAACCCACGAUUCACAAAUCAAAUGGAUCAGUAAUUUAUGAAUUUUUGCAGACACCACAUAUUCAUUGCUCGUUGGAUUAUUGCCAAGUUGUUUUUUCGAUGUGUGACAUUUUAACAUUUGUGUAUAGAAAGUUUCUUGAUGAAACAAAUAUCAAUAGCUCCUUGCAUGAGAGUAUUAUCAAAUUGGAUGGAAAAAUUAAGAAUAACUUUAUUGGACUGCUCUCAAAGGAUGUUACCAACAUUGCAAUACAAGUUGUAAAAACAAAAUUGGCAAGUGUUCAAAAUAUGUUCUCAAUAUCAUUGCCCAGCCAAACGCCAAACACAGGCCAAUCCUCAUCCAAGAGGAAAGAGGCAUCAGAUCAAGUCGAUGAAUGGUUUGAUAUUUAA